AGAGCAAUACAAAAGCAGCCUCGGAUCUAGCCGGAGUGGCAAGCGUUAAAGGGAGGCGGGGAGUGACGCGGUUUGCGUCUAGAGCGGCUCCUUGGAGUCCACAGCAUCCACCGCCGGAGCCUCGCCUUCCUUUCUCCGUCUGCAGACAUAUCGAGACACAAAAAGAGGCAACCCCUGGAUCAGUGCGAGGGACCUAUUCCCAUCAUGACCGAGACCACAAAGACCCACGUUAUCCUGCUGGCCUGCGGCAGCUUCAAUCCCAUCACUAAAGGGCACAUUCAGAUGUUCGAAAGAGCCAGAGAUUAUCUGCACAAGACUGGAAGAUUUAUUGUGAUUGGUGGUAUUGUCUCUCCGGUCCACGACUCCUAUGGAAAACAGGGCCUUGUGUCGAGUCGGCACCGUCUCAUCAUGUGUCAGCUGGCUGUCCAGAAUUCCGACUGGAUCAGGGUGGACCCAUGGGAGUGCUACCAAGACACCUGGCAGACAACCUGCAGUGUGUUGGAGCACCAUCGAGACCUCAUGAAGAGGGUGACCGGCUGCAUCCUCUCCAAUGUCAACACGCCUUCCAUGACACCUGUGAUUGGACAGCCACAACAUGAGAACACCCAGCCCAUCUACCAGAACAGCAAUGUCCCCACCAAGCCCACUGCAGCCAAGAUCUUGGGAAAGGUGGGAGAGAGCCUCAGCCGGAUCUGCUGUGUCCGCCCACCCGUGGAGCGCUUCACUUUUGUAGAUGAGAACGCCAACCUGGGCACAGUGAUGCGGUAUGAGGAGAUUGAGCUGCGCAUCUUGCUGCUGUGUGGUAGUGACCUGCUGGAGUCCUUCUGCAUCCCAGGACUCUGGAAUGAGGCAGAUAUGGAAGUGAUUGUUGGGGACUUUGGGAUCGUGGUGGUACCCCGGGAUGCAGCGGACACAGACCGAAUCAUGAAUCACUCCUCAAUACUCCGCAAAUACAAAAACAACAUCAUGAUAGUGAAGGAUGACAUCAACCAUCCCAUGUCUGUAGUCAGCUCCACCAAGAGCAGGCUGGCCCUGCAGCAUGGAGACGGCCAUGUCGUGGAUUACUUGUCCCAGCCAGUCAUCGACUACAUCCUCAAGAGUCAGCUGUACAUCAAUGCCUCAGGCUAGCAGAUACCCAGCUCUCUGCUCUACUCUCCCCUUGUCCUCUGCCAACACACUGGCCCCCUCCAGUCACUGUCAGACCCCGGUUUCUCUCCUGCCUCUCUGUUUCUCUGUCUUCAUUGUGACUGUUCUCCCCACUGGCUGACUUAACCCCCAGUGUGGCAGGCCUGCGAAGAACCGUGGCAUACCCCAUUACACAGUCAUCUUUGGACAAACUUUCCUCUAGUCUCCGGGUUGGGGGUGGGUAAGGGAACAGGGUGGGAGUUGGGGAAAGUGCAGCCCUUGGAGAUGUACUGGUGUCCGUAUCCCAGCAUGCUCUAGAGAGGCGGCUCUGGGGCCCAUCUUCCCAGCAUGCUCUGGGAACGUGGCUCAGGCUCUAGCCUUCCCAGCAUGCCCUUUACCACAAAGGGCUAGGUUUUUUUUUUUUUUUUUCUUUUUCUUUGUCCAUUUCUUGUAGAACUUGGAUGAAAUCCGUGUGUGUGUGUGUGUGUGUGUGUGUGUGUGUGUGUGUGUGUGUGUGUGAGUGCGUUUGUUUGUAGUCUUGAUGCUCUCCUGUGGUUUACUACUCUUCUGAUCGGACACUAUAGCCAGUCUCAGCACUCACAGGUGUGUGAGGGCCACAUCCAGGAAAGAAGGCAGAGCCUCUCUGCUUCUCCAACACACACAUACAUACACACACGCGCAUAUGUACAUACAUACACACACAGACGCACACACAUGCACAUAUACACACACAUACACACGCGCGCCCGUGCGCCCGCGCGCACACACACUCACACACACCACCACCAGCAGCAGCAUCCCCAGACCCUUCUGGCCAAGAAUAAGACUUUCAGGUUCUGAAACCUAGUACACAAGUCUGGGAAGAGUAGGGUUUCUCAGAAUUUGAGUCCCUGGUUUCAGAUGAUGGUGGUCUUAAUGCUGUGUGUCUGACUGGGAGCAUUGUGUGGCUUCCCUGCCGACCAGGCAUUUCCAGAGAGCAAAAGCCCUUGGAGGCCAUGGUAAGGCAUGUUUCUGCUGGUGAGAGGAAUCACACAAGACGAGACCAAGUCCUGAUAUCCAUUCUUUUUUUUUUUUUUUUUUUAAACAUGCUAAGAAUCCACUUGAUGGAAAAGAUGCUUUACUAAUUGGCAUUAUUUAUUGCCCAUUUGCCUAGGGGCUAUAAGUCCAGGAUGAUUUGAGAGAAUGUAGUUUGUUACCUUGAGGGGAAUUCAUGACCCCAUCCACUCCAGCUGAGGUGCCAAGCUGCGCCCAAAGCCCUUUCUUUCUUUGCAAAGCAAGCAGCCUUGUUUUGGAGCUGGCUGUCUGUUUCCUGCAAAGCCCAGCAGUCAAUGCUCUAGGAGCUCUGUCUGACACAAGAGAGCUGUCUCCCCUGUUUCUUCCCAUUUCUCCCCAAUGGCCUCCCUUUCUCUCUACCUCUGAAGCCAGUUCAAGACUGGACAGGAUACUUGUGUCCGACCUAGAGAGCUUAUAGAAAAUGACUUUUGUGUUUUGUGUUUUCCUUUCAGCCUCUGGUUCUUGGGUUUCUGGUUGUUCAUGGGGAACAGCUCCUGAGUAUAGGUCUACAUUUUAACUUCUAACAUGAAUGUGGCCCAGGUGGGACUGAGUCAGGGAUGGUGCUCUUUGCCUUGGUUUUCCCUCCCUCCGACCUCCUCCGCUGACUUCAGGAGGAAGAAGCUGGGUCAACAGAAUCACAUCGGGCAUCUCCAGAGCUUCGGCUUUUCUUUAGGCUGUAGAUGUGAUCUCCAGAGGGAGGAGAUUAUUUCUGUAAUCCAGAGGUCCAGUGUUUGUUUAAAAGUCAUGGAAAAGGAGAGAAAAACCUGCAGGACCCAUUUGCUCCCGGGUUCUUCUUUGAAAAGAGCAGAGAGGCCGAGGAGUCAGUGUCUGGCCCAGGAUCUUCAGCGUAUCUUGGGAAGCAUGAUAAGAGGAUACUGUUUCCCAAGACAGAAGAAAACCAGGAGCUGGAUUGCCUGGGAGAAACAUGGGGUUUUGAAGGCUCUGGAGCUAAUAACAACAACGGUCCAUAAGAACAGACCCCAGAAAGGCUACUUUCCUUUUGUUCCUCUGGUUCGCUGUGUUUCUCUUCUGAACUCUAGCUGGGCUUCUUUCAGUCCACAGCCUGGGAUAAGAAACCAGCCUAGCCCAGCAGCCUCCGAGGGCAACGGGCAGCUCAGGACAGGGAAGGAAGGGGAGGUGAGCUAAGAUAGAAUCACACAGAAGGGCAUUUCUGGGAAGCAGGUGGGCAGAUGGUAUCUUGUUAAGGUGUGUUAAAAUGGGUUUCCCUUAACAAAUGGAAGUGAGUCCCCAUCACCCAGGUGGAAAUGUCCAUUCACUCUCUGUCUCUUUCUCCCUUUGUGGGUUCAAGGGUAGGGCACCCUCCCUCCCAACCCCUCUCCUCCCCAUGGGAGCACAGUGUGACUGUGACCUGCCCUGGCCAACAGCAGAAGGUUUAUAAGUGGUGCCUCAGGUGUCAUCAGGGUGACCUUUGGGUCUGUCUUUGGGGACCCAUUGUGAAAGCUAGCCUAUUACUGGCAUGGCACAGAGAUGGUAAUAAAGACACAGACUGGAAUGAUUUCAUCAUUUACUGAUG